CCCACUGCAUCAUAGCCUCCCGUCCCCACUACCCUAUCUGGGGGGCAUGCCCUGUCUUGUCCUUGUCACCUCGUGCUAGUCGGGUUAUAAAAGUCACCGUUCGCCACCCACGUUUCCGGACAAUCCUCUUCCCCACAGCUAGCAUUCACCACUCCAAAGAAGCCGUCAUCAUAUCGUCUCAAUAUGAUGCUCGCCCAGAAUCACAACUUUCCCAACAACACCAACUACCCACGAGCCACACAGUCGCGACCUUCAUCACUCUACCACUACCCUCAGCAGCACAACCUCUUCGCCGCGGUCACCUCGCCUGCCAGUAACAUCCCUAUUCAGAGCCUCAGCCAGGUUCCUGACCUCAUGCCCUCGACGGACACUGCGUCGUGGAGCCAGAUGGCUUCACAGCAAACCCCAAGAGUCACACAUCGUUUCGGUCAUCAGCGAGAAUCUUCGUUGUCAUCUCUUGGUUCCAAUGGCCCAGCUUCACCAUACGCCGCCAGCACCUCUCACCCGCAGAUUGCCAUCUCUAGCGAUUCAGCUCUUGCCGACUCCUACCAAGACCUGGCUACCAGUGGCGAUGCAAACUACUCUUUCGGCAAGUCUCUCGCAAGCAGUGACAACUACUACACAACCGCCUUGUCCGCGUUCAAUGGCAGCAACAAUACCACGAGCACGACCACCAGCGGCAGUGGCGUCGGGCCUUCAGUAGACCUGAGCUUUGGCUCGAGUUUUGACAGACCCGAUCGAAGUCUUGCACCACCAACAGAUUCAUCAAGCACAUCAUCAGCCUUGAAGAAUUCACAUCCAGUGUCGGUGGCGAGCUCCGUUGCGGGUGGUGACUCACCCGCCACACCCACACAUGACGUGGAGGAAGAGUCGAGAAGGAGAGGCAAGAAUGCAUACCCUGUUGCCAAGCUGAGCCGCACCAUGACGGAUGUAUUUGGUGACGAGCUGUACAACCCCCACUUCGCGAUGACUACCAUGUCACCGCCACCACAGACACAACUUGCGGUCUCACCCAGCAACGAACUGUUCGCGCAAAGACUACAGGCCGCAAACAAGCAGCACCUCAGCGCAGCCCAGUCGCCUGUUUCAAACUCUUCGCGGGAUCGAUCACCGUUCCGCAAUGACUCGCCUCACUUUGCGCCUCUUGACGACUUCUCCGCCGGUCUGGCCUCAACCAAGGUUGAGCCGGUACAGCAGCAGCGAGACCUGUGCAAAGUAGAGCGCGAGAGGCAAGCACAAGCCCAAAUUGCGGCAAGAGCCACGCCGCAACAGCAGGCCACUCCGAACACCAUCUCUCCAAAAGAUGCGGUCCUUGAGCUGAACGAUAGUGACGAUAUGAACAACUUCCCACUAUUUGAUGCUAAUGAUACAAGCGGGGGCUUCGAUGCCAUGAAUAUGCACCGAAUGAAUACCCCAAUGGUUCAGCAGCAGCACCGCCAUCAACAGCAGCCGCAAUCACUCAAUGUGGCACAGGCACAGUCGCAGCAGCAGCAACUUAUGCCGCGCAUGGGGCCUACGUAUCAUCAGGCAAUGAUGACUGCGACGCCACUGCAGAAUGGCUUCAACUUUUCCAUGCCUACAAAUCUGCAGCUACCACAACAAUUACCCCAGCAAUACCCUUUCGUACCACGGCCAUCGCAGCAGUCCACACCGGCGACACUAUCAUCCCGCGUCAGCUCCAUGGAGGGGAGCCUCUCAGAUUUUGGCACCGAAGGUCCAGUACAGAGGCCAGUUCGGACCGCCGCCGAUGGCGGGACAUAUACAUGCACCUAUCACGGCUGUACUCGCCGCUUCGACACACCAGCAUUACUACAAAAACACAAGCGAGAGGGCCACCGUCAGGCCAAUGCGCUUAGCAGUUUGCGCGGUCCGGUCGCGACGGCAGAUGCCAGCAUGCCGGGUAGUGUAUUGAACAGUCAGGCAGGACCCCACAAGUGCGAGAGAAUCAACCCAAGCACCGGCAAGCCAUGCAAUACCAUCUUUUCUCGGCCUUACGAUUUGACACGGCAUGAGGAUACUAUCCACAACGCCCGGAAGCAAAAGGUCCGUUGCGAGCUGUGUACAGAGGAAAAAACAUUCAGUCGGGCGGACGCCCUCACACGGCACUUUCGGGUGUGCCAUCCCGACGUCGAAUUCCCUGGCAAGCAUCGGCGACGGGGUGGAGCGACUGCGGCGUAAGCUGCUUGUCAGACGUCUGCCAGUGGGCAGGCCAUGGGCACACCAUUACAGUGUGGGCCCACCAAAUUCAGGGUCCAGCACGUUGAGGGUGAUGAUGCAGGGUCUUCAUGGCGCUAGUGUGGAGAGGGAGUGAUCAGCACAUCAUUAAUGCCUG